AUGCGUUUCUCUACUCAGACCCUCAUUGCUCUCAUGGCCUCUCCUCUGUUGGCCCUUGCCGAUGGCAACACUUUCACCAACUCCAACUACAAUGGCAUCACUGCCGGCAAGACCUUUGACCUGACCUGGAAGCCUACCACCUCCGGCACCGUCUCCAUCAUCCUCCGCUCCGGCGCCAGCAACAACCUCACUCCUGGAGUCUACGUUGCCCAGGGCCUCACCAACUCUGGUAGCUACAGCUGGACUGUUCCCAGCGACAUCACUCGCGGCACCGACUACGCCCUCGAGAUCGUCGACGACUCCAACCCCAACGACACCUCCAACACAGCCUACACUCCCCAAUUCGUCAUUGACAGCACAAACACCGUUGCCUCGAGCACCUCGUACAUCAGCCAAGCCUCGUCCGCUGCCUCUUCUGCCUCGUCUGCCGCCUCGUCUGGCAUCAGCAGCGCAAACUCCUCUGCCUCGUCGGCAUCAAAGUCUGCUUCCUCGGCCUCGUCCUCGGCCUCCAAGUCUGAGAGCAGCGCUGCCAGCUCGGCUAGCAAGUCAGAGUCGAGCGCUGCUUCUUCGGCAUCAAAAUCCGCUAGCUCUGCUGCCAGCUCGGCUUCGUCGAGGGCUUCGUCUGCUACUAGCUCUGCUGCUGCCACUUCCACUGGUGGUGCUGUUGCUUCUGCCAUGCCCUACGGUCUUUUGGCUCUUGUUGCCGCCGCUGCUCUGUAA